UAAAACUUUUGACAGCUGAUACAGCAGCUGAUAUUUUUCUAUUGUUUGAAAUUACUAUGAACUAACGGUGACUUUUGAAACACAAAGACAACCCAAAGAUUUUAUCAAUAAUCUAUUUUUUUUCAUAAGGGACAAUUCACACGUUAUCAAUGGAAAGAGCAGGGCUACUGAAUUACAACAGUAACGGUGGUGCGGAUACAUCAGGAUUUACCCCUGUGAAGCCGAGACUGGGUCGUUUUGUGGAUGUUUACUCUCCUACACAUCUAAAUUUGACUCCAAAACAUAGAACUAGACUCGAUUAUAAUCUCGUGAGGGAUGAAAGCCCGAAUUUACAUACGCCUGAACAGUUUACACAGAUUGACUUCAAAUGCAGGACUGUCAAACCACAACCCAGGUUCCAAAAUGUAUUCAGCAACUGUUCAUUUGAGGGCAACCAGAGUUUCCCAAGGCUAAAGAGGAAAGUUAAACCAUUCAAAAUGGAUUUGGAAACACCAACUAAAUUAAAGUCUAGUAUUGAUAUUGUUAGAGUUGAUGGACCCAACGGUCUUCGUUUCAACGCAUCACUGGCUGCGGGGGAUGUUGCCAGCUCCCCAGCACAAUCUCAAACUGACCGCUUGCAGCAAACUAUCAAUCCAAGCAAGGCUGUUUUCACUGUAGAACCUAGCUCUUCUAAAAUUCUAAUAGUAAACAGCAAGGCUUGCUCCUUACUGGGCUACUCGUCUGGUGAGUUGUGCGGUCUGCGUUUCUCAGACCUACUCCGGAACAGGACCUGCAGGGCGUUCAGUUUCCACGGGCCUGAAGACGGCGAUACUUCUGAAGACGGCACCGUUGUUUUGCUCAGUGGAAAAGUGGUUGAACUCAUAAGUAAGGGCGGUGGCGCUGUCCAAGUAUCAUUGUGGAUAAGACAGUUGGACAACGACGGGCCUUGCUUAGUAGUUGCAGAGCCGGUCAACUGCAAAAAUGUUGUGCUAUCAAUAGACGCGGAGACAGGCGUGGUGGUGUCGUGCGAGGGCGUGGACGCCGCGGCGCUGUUCGGCGCCGAGUCCUGCGACAAGCUGAUCGGUCUGCCCAUCAACUCGCUCAUACCGUCUAUACGGCUGCCGGACCAAGCAGCUACUAUAUCUAAGAGUGUGUCCAAGCAGAAGGCUACAGGCAGAACGUUAGAUGGCGGAUGUUUCCCUCUCUGCUUGUGGGUAUCGAAACCGGAAAACGCUGACACCACGGUCUGGUCCACCAUGAAGACACACAAGGAAAGACCUGUUUUAGAAGUUAAUGUAAGGGUAACAUACAACGUGAGCGGUCUCCUAGUUGUAGACGAGGCCGGCAUUAUAACUGCGUGUAACCACCACUUCGCAAUGUUGACGUUUGGCAAACCGCACUCAGAAGUGAUCGGCCAUCACAUCGGUGACGUCAUACAGAACUUCUGCCGCGAAGCCGAUAUUGUGAAGGUACCAGACAGGACGCGGAACAUGACCCUUUCGCCAGUCAACAAUGAGAAUAAUGGAUCUGUUUCAGACACGGAUGACGACUCCUGCGGCGCAUUCAACGGAAGCCAAAAAUCAGCUUGCAUGUCGCUCAACGUCCAGCCAUCAAUACUGUCCACCACCCGCGAGAAAUCAUCCAGCGCGCUGUGUCUCGACAAAUCCUGCAGCCUGGUCACCCACACACCCACCCCCACGCAGGACAUGGUCUCCAGCAUCAGCACAACAGAGCAAAGGAAUGACAUAUCUGCAUUACCAGACGUCACUUCAGGAAUGUCCGGAAUAUCCAUCGACGAUGAGAAUUAUUGUCACAGUAGUAUCUCGAAAUCUCGGUCCGAGAAUAUCCUGCGAUCGGAACAGAGUAAUCCAGCGAAGACGGUGAAUGCUAAGCCUUCGGAGAAAUCAGAUUCCAUAUAUUACACGUCCCAGCAUUCCCAAGAGGUGACACCGACUGGCAGCACUCCUCGUGUGAGGAUGAACGAUCCCUCGCUAAGACUCUCCUUUGACUCCAGUAAGUACAGAUCCUUGAAAGCCAACUUGCCCGGACAAGUGAAGGAUGAUAAGACCAGCAUGUCGCUUGAUUUUUGUGAUUCUAACGAGACGAGUGCGGAUUUUUUGACGCCGAUAAACGAGAUGCCUCCGCCUGGGUGCGAGAUAGAGGAUUUGCCGAAACACAACGGGAAUGAGAGUAUCGAUAGUUUGAGCAAUGAUAUCGAUUUAGAGACACAGACCGAGUCGGCGCCGAGGAAGAAAUAUGAGGAGGAGCCGAAGACCCCGUGCGCGGCCAAGCGCGCGGCGCGUGCGCACGUCAGCACGUCCACGCCGCAGCCCGCCGCCGCGCCGCGCGCCGCGCCCGACGGCACCUACCGCGGCCUCGUGCUGCACCGCGACGGCACCGAGCUGCACGUGUUAUACACGGUAUCUAGCAUGCAGCUGGCUAACGGCAGCCGCGUGCGGUGCAUUUGGCUCGGCGUGCAGUUGGAGGACGCUCCGAGACACACUACUCUAGCUUCGAGCAUCGCCUCCACUGCGGACAAUUCACUUAUACUCGGUAACAAAUCAGCCAGCAGUCGACCUCAAUCGAUGUCGUUAGUGAGUCAGUGCGGUGACGAGCAAGUAGCUGGCGAGUACAGCAAGCAUUAUGUUACUCUCAAGCAGAUUGGUAAAGGCGCGUACGGUUGCGUGAAAAUGGCGUACCGCCGCUCGGACCGGCUGCUGACCGUCGCCAAGUUCAUACUGAAGGAGAAGGUGGGCGCGCAGUUCUGGGUCGACGGGCCCGACGGACGCCGCGUCCCGCUAGAACUCAGUCUACUGCUUACACUCAAACAUCCUAAUAUUGUGAGCGUGGUAGACAUGUUCGAGAACGACAAGUACUUCCAAAUGGUGAUGGAGAAGCACGGCGCCGGCAUGGACCUGUUCGAGUUCAUAGAGCGGCGGCCCCGCCUCGACGAGCCGCUGCUCAGCUACAUAUUCAGACAGAUAGGACAAGCAGUCGAAUACCUGCACUCGCUCAACAUAUUACACAGGGAUAUAAAAGAUGAAAACGUUAUUAUCGACAACAAGUUCCACGUGAAGCUGAUCGAUUUCGGCUCAGCCACGUUCAUGAGCAAAGACACGCUGUUCUCAACUUUCUACGGGACCACGGAGUAUUGUAGUCCGGAAGUGCUGGCUGGGAAUAAGUAUGCAGGUCCGGAGCUAGAGAUGUGGUCGAUGGGGAUAACACUGUAUGUGCUCACGUUCUAUGUUAACCCAUUCUCGGACAUCGAGGACACCAUACAGGGGCCGCUGGCUUUUCCGCAACUUGUCUCCGAAGAUCUGGAGCAACUUCUCCGCUGGAUGCUGUGCAAGGAUCCCGCCAACAGAUGUACAGUGGCACAGUUAAUGUCGCACCCGUGGAUAAAGCAACCGGUCGCCAUCAACACCUACGUCUUUCACGAGAUUGUUGAUUGCGAUCGGCACGAGGCCAACCCUGAAAUGUACUACAGCGGCAGUCUGUCACCUCGCAGUGGAUCGCCCGUGUCCCUCGCCGACCCGCUGGCUAAAGAGCGCUCGGUCCCGUCGGAGACGGCGGCGCGCUGGGAGGACAAGGCGGUGUCGCGCUCCGAGCCCAAGCGCUCCUCCGUGGCGCACUCCGACAACUACAGCCUGCGCUCCUCCGCAGACAUCCUGGACAUAUCGUCAAAGCCGGUGUCGGACGCGGCGUUGACGGACAUCAGCUCGGACGCGACCGGCCACGCCGCCUGCGACAUCGACUACGACUGCGACCACUACGACUGCGACUCGUGGGACGAGUGCGAACAGGACAGUUUCUCCUAAACUAAUGGACACACCACACGAUCGUAUAACUAAGGACCUAUUUAACAACGUUAUUCGCCAGUUCAUACAUAAUAUACUGCCGUGCUAAGCGCAAAAACGGUAUGUCAGGGAAACAUUAUUUCAAGAUAAUCGAAGUUUUGUAAAUAUAGUUUUGUAUGUAAAACUGAGAUAGAAAAAUUCUUUUAAAGUUUUUUUUAACAAGUUCUAAACAAGGUACCGUUAUUUAGGUAAGUUCAAUGAGCAUUUCUUCAAGCUAUCCGACGUCAAAAAAUCAACAUUUUGUUUUUUUUUUUUGAGAUAUCGCUUUUGGUCUUAGCACGGCAGUAUAGCACUAUUGAAAAUAACCAUUAGUUUUGAAGUAUGACUUUUAUAUUUCGUCGUCUUAUAUUGACUAAUGGCGUUAAUUCAGACUUCGUGAUACAGGCACUUAGUAUAUACGGCUAGGAACUGAGAAGACAAUAUGGCCCUACCAGCUACCACUUAGAUGACCGCACAAUCCUACCACCUGCGUAGAAACUGACAUACGACUGCAGACCUGUAAUAAAUAAUUUAAAAUUUCACUGGUCACUUGCUAAGUUCAGUGGAAAGUUGUUUCAAGGAUGUCAAGAAAUUAUGCUAAUUUAUGAAUGCAUAUACUGUCUCUGAGCGUUGACAUUUACACGAUAUUUAUGGAGCAAAGUUCAUAGCGAAAGGUCAUUUUUGUUAUUUUGCCGUAUUAUUUAAUGCCAAUAUCUUUUACGUCACUUUACGGCACAAUAUUGCUGACUGGGAAAUGCUAGGUUCUAUGUCAGAAAUAAUAGUUAUACGCCCAACACUCAACAGUACUGAUACCACAGCAAAAAAAAAUUUAGGUGUCAGUAACUUCCUAGUGACUUCCUGUCAUACAACGUCUAACGUGGCUCAAAUACAAAACCUAUAUCGAUAUGGAAUCUAACCCAAGGCACCUCAUAGGUCGAGGUGUGUGCAAAGAAGCUUGGUAAAAAUUGAGCAUACUAGACUUUAGUUUUUUCUAGUUAGCUAUAUUUUACUUUCUGUUGGAUCAGUGUACGACAAAACGCUGGCCGUAGCUGUCAAUACACAUCUAAUAUCUUUACUAAUGAUUUGAAGUCAUUAGUUUCACAUUGAGAAAAAAGGACGGUCAACAAGAUAUGCCAUUCAAUUAUUAUAAUAUGUUUGACUACACAAAACUUACCGUCAGGAUCAGUGCAUAAAGAUUGUGAAAUGAUAUGUACUUCUGAUUUAUAGUACAUUUGAUUGUGAUUGGCUGAGGGACCAGGGGUCUUAUUCUCUAUGCCCAAUGUUAUUUUAACAGUGCGUAAUAAGCACAUAACGCACCGCGUCACGUUUAAAACAAUACAAAAGUGGAUAGUGAAUACCAUUCCACGGUUUUUCCACGAAGAUGACGUAACAUGGACGUGAGUUUACACUAUCAUAGAGAAUGAAGUCCCAGAAUGUGACUCGCACAUUGGUCUCGUAUCGUGUUUCAUAUCCCAUACUCUAUGGGGACUGUAAAGUUUAUAAAAAUAGGAUAUAUUGAGGCUGGAGAGAAGCAAAAAUAAAAUAUGUGUUAGCUUCUUGAAACUGCAUUUAUAUUGAUCUCAUACGGAAUUUAGAAAACUUAGAUUAUAGAUGUUACGUUUUAGAAUGUACUGGUACAUCUAGCAAGUUUUAGAUAUUGUAUAAUAAUAUUAUUAGAUUGGCGCAAGACAAGUGACUUUUCAAUAUUUUGCUUUUUUGUAAUCUAGAAAAUAUAAUUUCAUCAAGGAUUUAAACGUACAAUACCAUGUAGCUACACUUACCGCCAUCUAGUGAGCUUUGUAGAACAACACGAUCAACGCUCAAGGCCAUUGGCGUUACUUAUAGUCUUAAUAUAAUAGAACCUAAUAUUAAAUAGAUAAAUUACAUUGAUGGCAUAGAAAUACGGAUUUGAUUGUAAAUAUCGCUUGCUAGAUGUGUUAGUACAUUACAAUCUUGCCGAUUUGUGUAUGUAAAGAAAUUGAGUGUCAAAUUAAUUUUGUCUGCACUGUUCAGUAUUAUAUGUAACACGAUGUAAUUGUAUAACGAUUGUAAGGAGAUAAAGCCAAUGGAAAUUGAGACCAAAUUUAGAUGUAUAAGGUAGUGUAUGAUUUGGUUAUUAGAAUCAAAUAUUUCGGAUUUAUUAGAACAGGAGGUAAUGGUGAUAACAGUAUUAUAUAAAUAAAUUAAAAUUAACGUUUCAUUCAUGCAUCUUGUACCGUUGUGGAGAUUAACAGAAGUUGUACUCUUAGCAGUAGACAAAGCAGUAGACAAGGGAUAUUACUAAGGCAAUUUAAUUUUAUUUGUGUAAAUGAAUGGCUGUGUUCUAUUGCAAUUCUUUGCACUAGUACUGUGAAUUUAUGAGAUAGCUUGUAAAAUUAAAUUGUAACAUGCUUAUGAAAUGUGUAGAAAAAAAACUUGAUUCUUAUGAUGUGAAGUUAUCGUGUACUAGGCUUAGAAAUCAGUGUAUUUUGAAAUCUAAAAUUAAUAAUAUGCAUAAUAUAGAUUUAGUUCAUAUGCAAGUGCAAAGAUUUGCAAUAGCGUUUGCGUAAAAUAAAUCUUAAUUCUAUUUUAAUAUGUUACACUUUCACUUGUUCUUAUAACAAGCACAUGGAAUUUUUAAUGUUGCGGACAGUUUCACUUGAGAGUUUAUUAAUAGACUGUGUUGAAACAAUUCUGUUAUCAAUACAUAUAUUUGUAGUCUUCCCGGAAUUGUUACUGUGAAAGUCUACGCAUACAAUUGACGUAAAGAAAUAGGGUAUACAGAACGGGAAUAAUUUAUUUAUAUAUAAAAAACACGAACUCAAGCUCAUAAUUGCUCAAAAGCAGUAAUAUUUUUAUAGCAAAUUAUUUAGUUAAAUGUUUUAGGUAUGGUAACACUGAAAAGUUAAUUGUGCUGGCAACAUUUGAUGGAGGGAUUUCUGAUUCGCUUUGCUAUAGAUAUUUUACUCUACAUUAUAGUAAAAAUAGACACAACGCACUUGUAGCGUAGACGUGGGAUUUUUCAAUAUUUUAAACGCUUUAAAUAUCGCUUACGUACCUCUCAAGUAAAGCCAAACACUAUUGACAUUCUUCCAUUUCAAUUUGUUGAUGUAAGCAAAAUAAUGUGAUAGCAACUUGAACUUAUUACAUCUAACAAAUUUAGAAAAUUAGAUAUUCUGUAUAGCACGUCUGCUUUGAAGUAUUAUUAUGACAUGGAAACGAAUAGAAAUGCAUAACAACUCAGUUUAUUUUCACUCGCCUCUGCAAGUCUUGUGUAUUUAAAAUAAUAUUGACGAACAGCACCUCCGAUAACCGGUUUAACGUAAAAACGCAAUUCGCUUAACAGGUGAUAUCCAAA